AUGACUUCUCUACAUAACCCAGUUCCAGAGGCUUACUACCAGGACCCAUCCCCAACAUACUAUAACCCGCACACGGCUUCCAAUACCAACAAUAAUAGCAACCCCAAUGUCAACAAUAACAACCCUGCCAAUAAUGUGCAAAACGUUUCGCCGAAUGGUGGAGCAAAUCCCACACCAGGCGCCUCCAAUAUUCCAUACUAUGACCGACAACACGAGCUGUCGCAGCUCACUCAAACGCACCAGAUCCCGGGCGUAGUGAGUCAGUCGGCACCUCGUAGUGAUGGGUUAUAUGACCAUUCCAGUUCCGCAUCCACUACGCAGGCUUCAACUUACUUCCAUACUCCAGAAUCCACCACACAAGGAAGCAUGCCACUUCAGCAGCAACAGCAUCAGCAGCAACAUCUGCAAGUACAACACCAGCAGCACCAGCACCAGCAACAACAGCCGCCAGCUGAGCAACCAUUCUAUGUGAACGCUAAGCAAUACCACAGAAUCUUGAAGAGACGUAUAGCCAGAGCCAAGCUUGAAGAGAACUUGAAGAUCGCAAGAACAAGAAAGCCGUACUUACAUGAAUCGAGACAUAAACACGCUAUGAGAAGACCGCGUGGACAAGGUGGUAGGUUCUUGACAGCUGCCGAGAUUGCCGAAAAGGAAAGAUUGGAGAAAUUGCAGGAGUUGGAAGAGAAGGAAAAGAACGACAGCACAGAGAAGGACCCGCAACAGUCAGCUGCAGAUGGUACAAUUCAGCAAAGUAAUCCCAUCUCGGAAUCAAAUACUCCAUCUCCUAGCUCGCAGGCUGACACUCCAGGAAUACUGAGCAGUAAUACCAACGGUGCCGUGCCACUCACCACACCUGCAUCCACAACAGCAUCUUCAGCAUCUUCCUCAGCAUCUACUACGUCUUCAACAUCUGGACCGACUACGGAGGAGGGCAUUGCAACCGGUUCAACCGCGCCUACUUCGAUCCCUGCAGCUAUUCAAGAAGAUGAUGCGAUAUUUGAGAACUUGAUUAAUGAAUCUGUUGAGUAG